AUAUUCCAUUCAUUGUAUUUUCAAUUCUCGAGCAACACAGAAGUCAUUUUUUUUUUUUAAAUUGUGUAUACAUAUAUUUUUUCACCAAAAAAUGGAAAAUUCUCGAAACCCUUUUUUCCUGUUUCUAAAUGAAUGCCGCAAGGACUUGGAUAGAGAAGGUUACAGUCAAACGGAAUCUGCGCGUUUGGCUGGAGAAGAAUGGCGUCAAAUGACUCAAAAAGACAAGCAGCCUUAUGUGGAAUUGGCCGUAAUCAACCGCAACCAAACGGAUGAAAUGACUGGAGCAGCCCCUAGUCGACGAAGACGUCGAUCUAGAAAAGGUGCCAGAAAAGCUAGUAGUUCAACAAGCUCAAGACGUCGCCGCCGUUCUACUAGUUCUGCCAGGAAAAGUCAAGUAAAAGGUCAAAAACGUCGCCGUUCAAGGUCCAGCAAGAAGUAGGUCAUUGGAUGGACACAUGAACUAAAUUGUUUUGUGUAGUUGAAAAUAAAUUGCUAGUGCGAAAAUCCUUUUUGAAAUUGUA